GGAGCUGAGGACGAUGAAGACGAUGCUCUGCUCUUCAGCAGCACGCGGGACCAACUGUAAUUUCUUCAUCUGCUGGUCGCUGUGAAGGAGGGAACCUCCUAUUAUCUCUUAUUUUCCCCUGUAUCUGGCAACCGCUGACUCUGCUCCUCGCUGCUCCCUCUUCUCCUUUUUACCGCCUCCUUUUUGUUUUGUUCCAGAGGAGGGAUUUCUCUCCUUCAUCAGGGAUGUUAGCGCACACGUCUCUCUGGGAAUGAUGGCGUUGCCACUGGUGCUGCUUUCUUUGUCGCCAUGACGAUGCCAUUUAGCCUCCUGUCCAGCGACGAGGAGCACCAGAGGAUGCUGGGAAACACGAGACAUCUCUAUCCUGGGGCAGAGGACGAAGACGAGGACGAGGAAGAGGAGGAGGAGGAAAUGGAAGAUGAGCAGGACGAGGACGGGGAGGAGAACGGCGAGCUGGAGGGAGACGAGGAGGAUGAUGAGGAGGAGAUGGAAGUCAGGCGAGAAGGUCCGUCUCGUUUGGGCAGAGGUGAAGGACACAGGCAGUCGGGUAAAUUCACCGGACGACCCGCCGCUGACCGACAGACCGGCAGGGCGGGGAACCCCAGACACACCACAAACCCGUACUCGUCCAACCCCGGACCCACGCACCAACAAGCAGCCAAUCAGGUGCAGCCGCAGAGGAGGCCGAAGGAGCGCACCGCCAACUCCCUGCCAUCUGAGGACGCCCACAUCGCCAUGAUGGUGUUUCGCAUCGGCAUCCCAGACAUUAAGCAAACGAAAUGUUUGCGGUUCAACCCCGACGCCACGGUGUGGAAGGCCAAGCAGCAGGUGCUGUGCUCCCUGACCGAAUCGCUGCGAGACGUCCUGAACUACGGUCUGUUCCAGCCCGCCACCGACGGACACGAUGCCAAGUUCCUGGAGGAGGAGCGGCUGCUCAGAGAGUACCCACAGUCCUUUGAAAAAGGGGUGCCAUAUUUGGAGUUCCGUUAUAAAACCAGAGUUUACAAGCAGACAAAUCUGGACGAGAAGCAACUGGCCAAACUUCACACUAAGGCUAGUCUGAAGAAAUUUAUGGACUACAUUCAAACCAGCGCUGUGGACAAGAUGGCCAAGUUCUUGGACAAGGGUCUAGAUCCAAACUACCAGGAUCCUGACACUGGUGAGACUCCUCUGUCGCUGGCAGUGCAGUGUGAGCCAGGUGGAGGUGAGCCCAUCCGAGUCCUGGUGGAUGGAGGGGCUCACAUUGACUUCCGUGCCAAAGAUGGACUCACCUCGCUGCACAAGGCUGUUCGAGGGCACCGCCACACCGCCCUGCUGGUCCUGCUCUCUUUGGGUGCGUCUCCAGACUAUAAGGACCGGCGGGGGCUGACGCCGCUCUACCACACUGUGCUGACGGGGGGCGACACCUCCUGCUGUGAAACUCUCCUCUACCACCGAGCCAAACUGGGCAUCAGGGACGAGAACGGCUGGGACGAGACGCAUCAGGCUUGUCAGAACGGCAACUCGCAGCAUCUGGAGCACCUCCUCUUUUACGGGGCAGAUUCCUCCUCCCAGAAUGCCUCUGGAAACACUGCCUUGCACAUCUGUGCUUUAUACAACAAGGAAAGCUGUGCACGAAUUUUGCUUUAUCGUGGAGCAAAUAAAGACAUGAAGAACAACAGCGGGCAGACGCCCUUUCAGGUUGCAGUUAUGUCCGGCCAUUUUGAACUGGGAGAAAUUAUCAAAAACCACAGAGACACAGAUGUGGUUUCAUUCGUGGAGUCUCCAAAGUACGCCCCCCAGAGGAGGGAGAGCACCCGGUCCUUGGCAGUCCCCCAUCCUCACCCUUUCCUCCGGGCCAACAGUGACAGCAGCAUGAACCUGCCGGACUGGAUGGCUGCGCCCAACGCUCCAACCACCAACAUCGUUUCUGUGCAGGGAUAUAAACAUACAGGAACCCUGAGGAGCUCCAGCAGUCCCAGAGGAGCCAGGACACGGUCCCCGUCUCGGGGCAGGAUUGGAGACAAGGAGGACCGGAGCAGACAGAGCCGCAGACAGGGGCCUACCCCCACCCCCACCACCACCACCACCGUACAGAUUGCGGGCCAGCGGAGACGCCUCUACAGCGCCGUCCCGGGACGAGUCUUUGUAGCAACUCGGUCCCACUCUGCUCAGGGAGAGCGGGAAAUAAGCUUCAAUAAGGGAGAUCGGGUCAAAGUGCUGAGUGUUGGCGAGGGCGGGUACUGGGAGGGGACGGUCCGAGGUCGCACCGGUUGGUUCCCCUCUGAAUGUGUGGAGGAAGUGGUGCUUCGAAGCCAAGACAACCGAUCAGAGAGUCGUGGAGAACGAGCCAAAAGGUUGUUCCGUCAUUACACCGUCGGGUCCUACGACAGCUUCGACGCUCCCAGUGACUAUAUAAUCAAGGAAAAGACGGUGCUUCUGCAGAAGAAAGACAGCGAGGGAUUCGGCUUUGUGCUGAGAGGAGCCAAAGCUCAAACUCCCAUCGAGGAGUUUACUCCCACCCCGGCCUUCCCGGCUCUGCAGUACCUGGAAUCAGUGGAUGAGGGGGGCGUGGCCUGGAGAGCUGGACUCAGGAUGGGGGAUUUCCUCAUAGAGGUCAACGGUCAGAAUGUGGUGAAGGUUGGGCACCGGCAGGUCGUCAACAUGAUCCGGCAGGGGGGCAACAGCCUCAUGGUGAAGGUUGUCAUGGUGACCCGCAACCCAGACAUGGAGGACGGCGCGAGGAAGAAAAUCCCACAGCAGAGCAAGAGGCUGAGCACUCCAGCCAUCGCCCUACGGUCCAAAUCAAUGACGUCAGAGCUGGAGGAGAUGGUGGAGAGAGCUGCUACCCCUUGGAAAAAAAAAUCAGAGUUCGAACCCUCACAAGUUGCAGAGAAGAAGAGGACAGUUUAUCAGAUGGCUCUGAAUAAACUAGAUGAAAUUCUUGCAGCAGCUCAGCAGACAAUCAGCACCAACGAGGCUUCGGGGACACGGGGACAGGGGCCGAAGAGAGACAGGGGAAGAAGUUUCUAUGGCAAUGAGCCGAACUACGGGGAUCAGUCUGGGAUGAGUUUGAUGUCUGGGUUGGGCUUCGGCUAUGACCGUGGACAGUACACGUCAGGUCACGCCCCACAGCACGGUAUGCGGCGGCAGAAAUCCAUCGGUGUUCCUGAGGAGGAGAAGCAGUUCCUUCAUCCUCCAGUCAUGAAGUUUGUUCGCAGUCUGUCGGUGCCAGGCCCAGACGACAUCCCGCCUCCUCCCACUACAGCUCCACCAGAUCCUCCCUUCUCUUCUGCUCCUCCACUUGGCUGGAGAGCAAAGUCAUCCCAGCAGCCCUCUGUCUCAGUGUCCCAGUCAACAUCCACUUCUGUGCACUACCAGCCCUUCUCCCAGUCCGGGCACUUCAGCCAGGGCGGCAGGGAGAGGGCGGGGGGUCCUGGCGCUGGCCCCAGUGGUGGAACAAUGGACCACGCUGCGUCAUACGUACAGGCAGCUGCUCAUACGGCUCAAAGCAGGACUGCUUCGCGGAAGGUUGCCUAUACUGGGGAGCCUGUUGGGGUUGGGGCCGGGUCGGGGGCUAAAGCGGCAGGUCUUAGAAGAGGCUACAGCACAGCCGUACCCCCAUCCAGCAUUGCUACUGUAAUGCCUCAGCAACAACAGCCCACCCAGAGUCAGCCCCAGCGGGCAGAACGCAGUACAGCUGGGGCAGGUGGUCCUAAAGGAGGGGCCAGGAGAGGUAAGGGCCCCUUGGUAAAACAAUCAAAGGUAGAGGACCUGCGCCUAACCCACGGCACGCUGGGGAGCAAAGACUCAGUGGAGAAAAGCUCCAUUCCUAUUCCCACCAUCAUCGUCAAGGCUCCAUCGACCAGCAGCAGUGGGAGGAGCAGCCAGGGCAGCAGCGUGGAGGCUGAUGUUCCUGCACCUGGGGAGGCAGGUGAAGCUAAAACGCCUCAUGGCCCUCCUCCCUCCACGCCUGCUCCGCAGCCCCCUGCUCCACCGUCCAUCCCAGCGCCGCCACCUCCAUCCAUGCCUUCCAUGCGAGUCCAGGAAAAUCUGGACUACACCAGCCAGUUUGGAGCUGCCAUUGUGAGCGCAGCUCGCCAAGAGAGGGAGCGAUUCCACGAAGCCCGCCGGAAGAGUGCCUCCUUGUUCAUGUCUGCUGAGGAGGAUUUGAGUCUGGGGGUAAGUGAUGAGGUAGGAGGGAUGACGAGGGCUCAGGUGUCCCAGCAGCAGCUAAGCACACAGGCCGACAGUUCGUCAAUGCGACUGCGACCCUCCAAGUCCAUCGAUGAGGGCAUGUUCUCUGCAGACACCUUCAUCCAACACACCCGCAGCAUGCCUCCAGCCUUUGGCCUACCUGAGUACUCCUCACCUGCACUCGACUAUCAGCCCAAGUCUGUGCCUACUGAUCUGUACGCAGCGGCAGGCAGGCAGCCAGCUCCCCCCACCAACACCACCUUUAUUCAUCCUCUGACGGGGAAGGCGCUUGACCCCACGUCACCACUCGGCCUCGCCCUGGCUGCCAGAGAGCGCGCCCUGAGGGACGACAGCAGGUUAAGGAGGGGGACAGAGCACCACUUCACCCGCCAAAUGUCGAGCGUGGUGUUCCCCUCUUCUGCCGUCACCUCUCAGCCUCUGUCGUCCACGGCGCAGUCCUCCAGCUCCUACCUAGUCACCUCUUCUUCUCUGGCAGGAACGACACCCAGCGUCGGUCGCCCGCCCUCACCCAGAAUCCUCAGAGGAGUUGGGAGUACGUGGAGUGAGGAAAGUGGAGGGGAAAGGGAGCGGGAAGGAGGCGGAGCUCGUGAGGGUCUUAGGGUUCGCUUCUCUGAAGACAAAACGAUCCACACACACCACUAUCAGUCACAGCCGUAUCAGCCAAGCUACAGGGAGCGGGAGAGGUCGAGGGAGCGGAACAAAGAGCAGGAGGGCUACGUUCGGCGAGCGGAGCAGGCGGCGGCUGACGGGGGCUCUCAGCCUCGAAGACCCUCGUUCCUCAGGAUGGAGAGUCAAGCCGAGGCUUACAUCCUGUCUCUCACGCCCCCCUCUCCUCCACACACGGUUGCUCAGCAGGGGGCAAACGCAACCGGAAGCAGUGGGACGGGUUUGAUGGUUCUUCCUCCCCCCGCCCCCUCGGUUGAUGCAGAUGAUGAGUUCGUCUAUGCAGACCCCCUCCCACCACCGUUAGAGUUUGCUAACAGCUUUGACCGAGGAAUAACCGGAUACACGCAACACAGGAGGCUUUCCAACAACCUGGCCUCACGCCAACAGCAAGUCCCCGCCCCUCCACCUCCACCACCACCUCCUCCGCCGCCGCCCCCUCCGCCCCCACAAAAAGAACAGUUUAUAGGUGGUUUUGCUGCUCAUACGCCACUGCCCUCUCCUCAGGCCGGGGACUCCACUGCCUCGAGCCUCACGUCUUACGACAGUGAGGUGGCGAACCUCACUCAGUCUGUUCCUUCGCCGUCACAAACAUCGCCCAAUCCUCCACCCCCUUCCUCACCCUCUAACCUGCAGCCAACCAUGGGCCCCCCUCCUCCUCCAGCAGUCUCACCUCCACCUCCUCCUGGGUCUGGAUCCUAUCACAGACCCUUUUCUGUGUCUCACCACCUUUACAACAGCACUCACGUGUCUGGACGAUCUUCACCCACACCUCCCUCACACACGAUGGUGCCUCCCCCUGCUUAUCGUGGUCCCCCAGCUUCCUCCUCCACCGCUGCUGCCUCCGUCCCAUACAGAAUCACUGCCUCCCAUGCCACGACCGCUAGCUGUGCUUCAAUGACCGCCACUUCUGCCACUGCAACAAGCACCUCCACCCAGCUCUACCAGGAGCGAACACACGCCACGCAUACAGCUCCCUCCACUGCCAUCACAGGCCGGACAGGGGAGCACCACCGUCGUCCUCCUGCUGCCAAAAAAGGAGAGUCCCAGGAGACAGUGGUGGACUCUGGAAUAGAAGAACUGGACAGCCGCAGCAGCAGCGACCAUCAUCUGGACAGCAUCCUGGCUCUAACUGGAGCUGGCAUUCGGGCAGACAGACUAGACCGCGGUGAAAGGGUGGGAACUGGAGCUGGAGGGCAAACGGGAGGGGGCUCAGGGGAAACAGAACGAGGGGAUUUCCUUGAGUCCUACAUGAGCUACCUGGACGGACAAACGUUUGAGAUGCAGAAUGCGACUGCAGCAGCUUCCACCUACCCCAAAUCCAGUAGGUUCAGAGAGGGAAGUCGCGCUGGGGAUCUCCACCGACAGACGAGCACCGCUCCUGCAUCCUACCACCCCCACAGGCAGCGAGACGAGCCCGAAGAAGACGAGGUAGAGGAGGGAGUGUGUGUCAACGAACGUGGUCAGGACGGGUACAGCAUCAGGGACCUGCAGAACUUGGGGCGUCCCAUGUCACCGUAUUUUGACCGGCCACGCACGCCUGAAAUGAGGCCCCUGUGGGGAGACGGACCGAUGAGCUGUGAUGAGAACAACCAGUCCGGGUCUCUGUUGGAGGGGAAGAAGAUCUACCCCCCCGCAUCCAGCAUGAAGCCCAGCAUCAUCAACGAGCUGAGCAGCAAGCUGCAGCAAAGAAGCAAGGACACCUGGAGCAGCCAGAGGCCUCUGAGCAGACACAGGUUUUCUGAGGACUCUGCCUCGGCUCUGAGCCCCCCCUCGGCCCGCUCCCAGUCACCGUCUCCAGUCUCGUUGUCGCAGCCGUCCUUGUCCCCGUCCCCCACCCCCGCCUCCCAGUACCCUAACUGGGGACGGUCUCCGUCUCCUCAGCCUCCCGCCUCCUCCCAGCCUCCUCGUUCACACUCCCCGCUGUCUCCGACGUCUUAUUCCCCUUACCCCACUUCCCCCAAGCACAGACCCGUCUACCGGACCAAAGCCCUGGAAUUCCAGUUUAUUCCCAGUCGGGAGUCCCGCAAAUCAGAGUCCCACCUGCUCCAACGCAGGCGGGCCCCCAGCCCCCUCAUAUCCCAGUCAGAGAGACCCAAGAUGGCCCCACCACGUCCAUCAUCGCUUCCACUUCUCCCCACGUCGCCUCUGUACAGCGCUAUCUACGACCUCCGCGGGUCAGUCACCCCCCCAUCGCCUGGGAACCCCCUCGGAGAUCCGUACUUCUCACCCUCCCCUCCCCUGUUCGCCCCCUCUGGCGCCCCCCCUCCUCCUAACGCCUCUCUGGUCGUCUCUCGGUCACUGUCUCCGACUCACUUCCUGUCUGGGACGUCCUCUCCGCCCCUGCACCCCAUGCCCCCCCCUACCUGUCUGAGCUACCCCCAUUUACCGCCCCCCUCCCCGACAAAACCGUUUGCCUCCAAGCCGCUGCCCUACUGGACCAAGUAUGAUGUUGCAGACUGGCUGGCGUACCUGAACCUGGGGGAGCACAGAGAACGCUUCCUGGACAACGAGAUCGAUGGAACCCACCUGCCGUCUUUGACCAAGGACGACUAUUUGGACCUGGGCGUGACGCGAGUCGGACACCGCAUGAACAUCGAACGGGCCUUGAGGACUGUGCUGGACAGGCUGUCCAGCAGCCCGUUUCCCAUCUCUGUCCUCUCACCUCGGGACGGACAGACGGACAGGAGGAGGGACGACGGCAGCCGGAGCUGAAGAUCCAAAAUGUAAACUCACAAAAAUAAAAUUUAAAGGUGGGGGGAGUGGGUGCUGCCAUGACGGUGGAUUGACACGACAAAGGAGGGGCGAGCAGAUUUCACGCAGGAAGACUCAGAAGGAGGAGACGGUCCAUAAAGACUGAUUUACACAAACCAUACAUGCAUGCACAAACACAAACAGGAAGUCAAUAAAAAAACACCCCUUCAAACUAAAAGCUCAUGAAGACUCCACGGCUGCAGCAGAGGUUUGAAAACUUCUGCAGGUUAUAGACCUGGUCAGGCGAGACCCGGUCCCCCUCAGAUCGGGUUCCAGUAGAAGUAGAGAGCAGCGAGCACGACGUUAGAUUUCAAACUGUGUGUCGGAGCUUUUAUUUUUUUAUUUUUUAGUGUGAUUCAUGUG